AUGGGAAACAUCAUGGGCGCACGGGCCGAGGCCGAAGACGAUGAUCUCUUGGGCCAGCUUCGGGACGACAGCGCCGACGAUGUCCAGUCGGCGCAGCGGGCGGUCGACGGCCAGCUCCAGGACCUAGGCGUCGUCAUGGACACCAGGCAGUGGGAGCAGUCGCAACGGCUGUACAGGUCCGGGCCGGACCUGGCGCUCGGUAGCGGCGCCCUCGACACGGAGCGGUACUUUGCGCACCGCGCGAGCGUCCUCGGCGUGGAGCGCGGCCUGGCCUUUGACUCGCGGUGCCGCCUUCGCGCAACGGCCCUGGAGCGGCGAGCUACGCGCAUCCUCGCGGCCCUGCGGCGGCUCGACGACGCCGAGGUGUACGCGCAGGCGGCCCCGCGCAAGGGCUACGCCGGGCAGACGCACCGGCGGUUCGCGGGCGACCACUUCCUGUCCAACGUGGAGCUCAUCGGGCAGACGAGGCUGUUCGCGGCGGCGCGGCGCAUACCCAAGGGCGCGCACCUGCACAUCCACUACAACGCGUGCCUGCCGCCGCGGGUGCUCCUCGACGUGGCCAAGACCAUGGACCGCAUGCACAUCACGAGCGACGUACCGCUGACGGACCGGAGUGCCUUUGAUCGCUGCGAGAUACAGUUUUGCAUGCUCAGCGCGGAGAGGGAGCGCCCGGGGGACCUGUUCAGCGCGGCGUACGAGCCCCGGCAGACGAUGCGGUUUGCAGACUUUCUUGGCGGGUUCGCAGAGGCGUACGGCGGGACGGAGACGGCAGAGCAGUGGCUGGUGAGCAAGAUGGAGUUUGACGAGGAGGAGGCGCACAAUUUCUUGCAGACGGCUGAGGGGGCGUGGGAAAAGUUCAACGGGCGGACGCGCAUGAUCAAGGGCCUCUUCAACUACGAGACGGCGUACCGGACGUACACGCGGCGCUUCCUCGCGGACCUGGUGGCCGACGGGAUCCUGUACGCCGAGAUCCGGCCCAACUUCAUGACGAGCAACCAGCUGUACCGCGACGACGGCUCCGGGCCCAUCGACAACGCGGGCAUCAUGGAGAUGAUUGUCGACGAGGUGACGCGCUUCAAGGAGGAGCUGGCAGCCGCCGCCGACGGGCGGGCGUUUGGCGGCAUAAAGGUCAUUUACUGCACGCCGAGGGUGUUUUCGCCGCGCGAGGUCGAGGCGGCGCUGGAUGAAUGCUUCGAGUUUAAGCAGCGCUGGCCGGAGUGGAUAGCUGGCUUCGACAUCAUGGGCGAAGAAGCCAAGGGCCACCCGCUCAAGACCUUCGUCCCGGAAUUCCUCGCCUUCCAGCGGCGGUGCGCCUCGGCGGGCGUGUCCAUCCCGUUCCUGUUCCACUGCGGCGAGACGCUCGAGGGCGGGACCGCGACCGACGAGAACCUCGUCGACGCGCUGCUGCUGGGCGCGCGGCGCAUCGGGCACGGCUUCGCGCUCGCCCGCCACCCGCACGUCCUGCAGCGCAUGCGCGCCGCCGGCGUGUGCCUCGAGCUGUGCCCCAUCUCCAACGAGGUGCUGGGCCUGACGGGCCGCGUGGCGGGCCACGCCAUGUAUCAGCUGCUGGCGGCGAAUGUGCACUGCACGGUGAGCUCGGACAAUGGGACGAUAUUCAGAUCGUCACUGUCCCACGACUUUUACCAGGUCAUGGUGGGCAAGGCCGACAUGGACCUCUUUGGGUGGAAGCAGCUCAUCCUGUGGAGCCUGGAGCACGCGUGCCUCGGGGACGCGGAGAGGCGCCGCGUGCUGCACGCGUGGGAGGCGCAGUGGGACGAGUAUCUGCGCUGGCUGGUGGAUGCGCACGGCGAUGUGCUAGAUGAUGAGGUUGACGACGACGACGACGACGACGACGACGUUGGUGGCGACGUCGAUGCCGAGUAUGGCGAUGCCGAGCACGAGUAA